AAGUGCCGACUCGGCGACUGGGGUAAACGGCCCGUCUGCCGCCCACGGACUGUAGUAUUGGUGUAGUAACCGCGCCAGACUUGCCCACUGGGUGAUGCACCGAGCGGCCGUAACACAUCACGGCUACGGCAACUCGUAAAUCGGCGGUUGCACUGAGAUUGGAACAAAAGCAAUAAAUUACAAUUAACAAUGGUGGACCGAGCUCUGAGCUGUUUCUUGCGAAAAUACAACGCAAACAUAUGUGACGUGGAGUCUCGGUGAGAGGGCAUGGAGGGCGCGGACGGCCGCGACGAACUGUUGGAAUGGGAGGCGCUGUACCUGCGCCUGCCGCUGCAGAACUCGAGCUGGAACGCCACGGAGUGGGACCCCGCCGUUUGGAAUGCCACCGUGGUGCCCAACGCCACCUGGUGGGCUGCCGCGCCCUUCGACUCCCCGUCUGCGCUCGUCCGAGCCGCCGCCAAGGCCGUUGUACUCGGACUACUGAUUCUCGCCACCGUCGUCGGAAAUGUGUUCGUGAUAGCAGCGAUACUGUUGGAGCGCCACUUGCGCAGUGCUGCGAACCAGUUGAUCCUGUCGCUGGCGGUGGCGGACCUGCUGGUGGCGUGCCUGGUGAUGCCGCUGGGCGCCGUGUACGAGGUGGCGCAGCGCUGGACGCUGGGCCCCGAGCUGUGCGACAUGUGGACCUCCGGUGACGUGCUGUGCUGCACCGCGUCUAUUCUGCAUCUUGUUGCUAUUGCACUGGAUAGGUAUUGGGCUGUGACAAAUAUUGAUUACAUCCACGCUAGAACCGCUCGCCGAGUCGGCUUGAUGAUUGCGUGCGUGUGGAUCGUAAGCUUUUUGGUGUGUAUCGCACCUCUCUUGGGAUGGAAGGAUCCCGACUGGGACCGAAGAGUCUCUGAAGACCUACGCUGCGUUGUCAGCCAAGAUGUAGGUUACCAAAUUUUCGCUACGGCGUCAUCGUUCUACGUGCCAGUUCUUGUUAUAUUAAUACUAUACUGGCGAAUAUAUCAAACUGCAAGAAAAAGAAUACGUCGGCGGCGAGGCGCAACAGCCCGCGGUGGCGUGGGACCUCCUCCCGUGCCAGCCGGCGGUGCGCUCGUAGCUGCUGGUGGCAGCGGGGGCAUCGCAGCUGCAGUCGUAGCGGUUAUCGGACGCCCUCUGCCGACUAUAUCUGAAACGACUACUACGGGUUUCACAAAUGUAUCUUCGAAUAAUACGAGUCCCGAAAAACAGUCAUGCGCCAACGGCCUCGAGGCGGACCCACCUACGACGGGCUACGGUGCCGUAGCCGCCGCCUACUAUCCGACGUUAGUGCGGCGCAAACCAAAGGAAGCCGCUGAUUCCAAACGCGAGAGGAAAGCAGCGAAAACAUUGGCAAUAAUAACCGGCGCGUUCGUAGCGUGCUGGCUUCCCUUCUUCGUGUUAGCUAUUCUGGUGCCGACGUGCGACUGUGAAGUGAGUCCCGUGCUGACGUCGCUGUCGCUGUGGCUGGGCUACUUCAACUCGACGCUGAACCCGGUCAUCUACACGGUGUUCAGCCCAGAGUUCCGGCACGCGUUCCAGCGGCUGCUGUGCGGGCGGCGCGCACGCCGGCGCCGCGCCCCUCCAUAGCCUCCCCUCCCCCACUCGCCCCACGCCCCGCGUCCCUCGCCCCUCGCCCCUACCCGACUGACCUCGUCUAGUUCGAAACAUACUUAUGUUACCUUGUUACAUUUUCAGAGAUAUAUUUACACCCCUUUAUUUUUUGUACGUGAUGAAUGUGAAUACGAAAACCUGUCUAGUAAAUAAAUCACAAAUUCUCUUUA